AUGAAACAGCAGUUCCGCACAGCAGUUGUUCUGCAAAAAUUGACCCGGUUGGACUGGGAAAAGCAGAAACACCCGCACAAGACGACCCAACAGCUGCUACAACAUCUCCGAUCCAAGGGAUAUGAUGUUAACGACAUGAUCGAAAGUGAUAAGAAACAAAAAGCAGCCGUGAGGGAGAUCCUGGCUAGACUUGAGUGA